ACACAAGGAACGCACAACUCCUUACCUUUGACCUAUUGGGAGGGCGGGUCUUUUGAGAGAAGCGGAAACUAGGAAGCUUUUGAUCCACAAUGGAUGAGAUGAGCUUGGGACCUCAGGGAGCUGCUGGUGAUGCAAAUUCGCAAACCCUAGGCCGGAAGCAAAAUGACCCCCCACUGAAACCUUCCCUCCUAACAAGUGGCGAUGAGAUCGAUAGCACUAAUAGUGACACAGAUGAGGACGAUUCUAAUGAUCCCCCAUCUCUAGAAGAUGUCAGGUUCUCCGAGGAGCCAGAGGUCUUGGGUGAGAACCAGGGAAGUUCAGAACCCAACACCAGGGAGGUCAGCGGUGAGGCCCAUAGCGGAGCAGGAAACCUGGACAGCUCCCACGAACCAGAUGAGGAAUGGCUACAGGUCCUUGGGAAUGACCUGCUAAAGAAGAAAGUUCUGGUAGCAGGUCGGAAUGAUGAGCCAAAACCACAGAGAGGUCAGAAUGUAACCGUGUGGCUGAAGAUGACACUGGAGGAUGGAACAGAGGUAGAGGAAGAUCCCUCCCUCACUUUCACCGUGGGGGAUGGGGAUGUUAUCCAGGCGUUGGAUCUUUGCAUCCAGCUGAUGGAGCCAGGGGAAGUGGCAUUAAUUAUCUCUGAUGCCAAGUAUGCCUAUGGUUGUCUGGGCAGCACUCAGCCCACAGUACCCUCGAAUGCCACUGUGCACAUUGAGAUCCAGCUUCUCUCAGUGAAGGAUGGCCCGGAUAUCGAACUCCUGUCGGGGAAGGAGCGGUUACUGCUGGCCAAUAAGAAAAGAGAACGGGGGAAUGCCUACUUUCUUCGGAAUGAGUACGUCUUCGCAAUCAACUCGUAUGACAUCGCCCUCAAUUUUGCAAACUCGAGCUCCAAAGUUGAAUUUUCACUGGAGGAGGAGCAGGAGUUGUUGGAUGUGAAGGUGAAAUGCCUGAAUAAUCUGGCAGCAGCCCAGUUGAAGUUGGAACAUUACGAGGCUGCACUUAAAUCCUCAAAUGCUGCCCUCAAGCAUCAACCCAACAAUAUCAAAGCACUCUUUAGAAAAGGGAAGGUUCUGACCUUGCAGGGUGAAUACACAGAAGCUAUACCAGUCCUGAAACAAGCUGCACGACUAGAGCCAUCAAACAAGGCAAUUCAGGCCGAACUCUCCCAGCUACUGAGGAAGCAAUCUGAGCAGCGGACCUUGGAGCAGGCAAUGUACCGGAAGAUGCUCGGAGAUAUGGCUAUGCCCCCUAUAUCCUCGCCAUCUCGAUUCUCAUGGAAUAUUCCAUGGAAGUGGCUGUUUGGAGCGACCAUGGUAGCAGUCGGCGGUGUGGCUGUGUCCGUCAUUGUUGCUGCAAGAACCUAACACUCGGAGAGUGGACCGAAUAUCCUCAUGGGGAUGUGUCCACAACAAAACUCUAACAGGGCCUCACCAUUUAGUUACCUUCCCCAUCCCCUGACCCAGAACAUUCUGAGCCUCGUACUGCUUCAGGUACUGUACAUAAAGUUAUUGGACUCCAGCCACCCCUUCCCUUAACAUCCCAGUACAGAGAUGUCCACAAUGGAGCACGUAGUGAUUGAUGAUCAGUUCAUAUUAUCACACUGAUUGGAUUUUAUUUAUUUCUUGGGGGUGGCUUAGAGCUUCCUGUUGAGUGAAAUUUAUGCAAAAUGUUUAUAUAAUUAUAAUAAAAAGUUUAUAUUGAA